CAGCUAAUAUGAGAACUCUGACCUUUCCAAUUUAAAACCAUACCUAAUUCGUGUAUUAUACUAUAAAUUAAAACAAAACUUCAUCUUUCUCAUGCUCCAUCCACAUGAUCAACUUGAUUUAAAACCUAUUUCUCUUCAACUCUCUUUCUUUCAACCUUCCAUAUCCCAAACUUCAAUAAAUCCACUGAUUUUUAAAGGGAGAGGCAGACAACCGAAAAUCAACCAGCAGCGCUACUAGGCAAAAUCCCCAUCCAUGGCCAGCGCGGCCUCUAGCCCACAAUAUCAUCCCAUCUCCAAGCCCCCCAAAGGCCUUGCCAUCAAUAUCCCUCUCUCCUUUAAAAAGAAGAAUCUUUAUUCUUUAGCCCUUAUCCUCUUUCUCUGCAUUUUUUCUUAUCUCUUCGGCCUCUGGCAACAAACCAGCGGCGGCUUUACACCCAACACCGCCACCAGUAAUACGAUUUCAAUCCCAUGUAACACUCCCAAAACCAUCAACACCGCAAACACAAGACAGGAAGAACUGCUAGACUUUGAAAGCCACCACACGGCGGACGAUGGAGGAACCACGGUAGCGUCCGAGGUCAAAAUCUACCCUCCAUGCAACGUGAACUUCAGUGAGUACACCCCAUGUGAAGACACUCGAAGAUCACUGAGAUUUAGUAGGCGCAACCUGAUAUACAGAGAAAGGCACUGCCCAGAAAAAGAUGAGAAAAUAAAGUGCCGUAUUCCAGCUCCUUACGGUUACAAGACCCCGUUCAAAUGGCCGGCGAGCAGGAACUACUCCUGGUAUGCGAACGUGCCUCACAAACACCUUACGGUGGAGAAGGCAGUGCAGAAUUGGAUCAGAUACGAGGAUGAUCGUUUCAGAUUUCCUGGGGGAGGGACUAUGUUUCCUAAUGGUGCCGACGCGUACAUCGAUGAUAUUGGGAGGUUGAUCAACCUCAAAGAUGGUUCUAUUAGGACUGCCAUUGAUACCGGCUGUGGGGUUGCAAGUUGGGGUGCCUAUCUUCUGUCACGUAACAUACUAACAUUGUCAUUUGCACCGAGGGACACCCAUGAAGCCCAAGUGCAAUUUGCCCUAGAAAGAGGAGUUCCUGCUUUAAUCGGAGUUCUCGCCUCCAAGAGACUUCCAUACCCAUCUAGAGCUUUUGACAUGGCUCAUUGCUCUCGCUGCCUUAUUCCAUGGGCUGAGCUUGGAGGAUUGUAUUUAAUUGAAGUUGAUCGAGUUCUCCGGCCUGGUGGCUACUGGAUUCUGUCUGGCCCUCCGAUCCGUUGGAAGAAAUAUUGGAAAGGCUGGGAGAGAACACAGGAAGAUUUGGACGCUGAACAGACUAAAAUUGAGAAUGUGGCUAAAAGCCUGUGCUGGAAAAAGUUGGUAGAGCGAGGCGAUAUCGCUAUAUGGCAAAAACCACUCAAUCACUUAAAUUGCGAAGUUAACAGGAAGAUUACACAGAAUCCAACCCUCUGCCCAGCAAAUCAGGAUCCAGAUAAAGCUUGGUACACAAAAUUGGAGACUUGUUUGACUAAUUUGCCGGAGGUAUCGGACAAUGAAGAAGUUGCAGGUGGAAAAUUGAAGAAGUGGCCUGAGAGACUGAAUGCUAUCCCACCAAGAAUCAGUAGAGGAACUGUAGAAGGAGUGACAGCAGAAACUCUUCAGAAAGACAUGAAGUUAUGGAAUCGGAGAAUAACAUAUUAUAAAACCGUGAACAAUCAAUUAGGACAAGCUGGAAGGUACCGUAACCUUUUGGACAUGAACGCUUACCUGGGUGGAUUUGCUGCUGCUCUAGUUGAUGACCCAGUUUGGGUAAUGAAUGUGGUUCCUGUUCAAGCCAAGGUCAACACUCUUGGAGUCAUUUACGAACGAGGAUUAAUUGGAACAUAUCAGGAUUGGUGUGAAGCAAUGUCUACUUAUCCAAGAACUUACGAUCUAAUUCAUGCCGACUCUGUGCUCAGCCUCUAUCAGGGCAGAUGUGAAAUGGAAGAUAUUUUGUUAGAGAUGGAUAGAAUUCUGCGGCCUGAAGGGAGUGUGAUCUUUAGAGAUGAUGUUGAUAUAUUAGUGAAAGUCAAGAGAAUAACUGAUGGAUUAAACUGGGAUAGUCAAAUUGUUGACCAUGAAGAUGGACCUCUUCAAAGGGAGAAGCUUCUUUUUGCAGUGAAGUCUUACUGGACAGCUCCUGCUACCCCUGAUCAAAAUUAAUGGCUGUGUAUCUUCUUAGGGGCCUUCAAUAUUUAAUUUGCUUCGUUUUCAGUUAGAUUCUUAUUGUUGUAUUUUUCUUCCUCUUUUUAAUUUAUAAAUUUUAAAGGCAACAUGCACCAUUUCACAUGUUUAGAACUGUCCAAAUUAUUAAUUGUACACCUCCUGAAUUGGAUAUAGAUCAGCCUCUUAAUUUUUCCUUUUUCCAAUAUUUGUAUUCAUUAGUAGUAUUACUGAAUCAAUGUUAUAUCUUAAUAUUUGGUUGUUUGUGGA